CUGAAGCUCAAGCCAAAGCCAAAGCCAGGCCGCAGCAGAGCGUCCUGUCGUCCUCCCCCACCCCCGCGACGGACGCCGGCGCCGCCGCGAUGGCCGUCGACGACUCGUCGGAGACCGACCAGCUCGACUCCAUGUCCACGGAGGACAUCGUCCGGGCCACCCGCCUCCUCGACAACGAGGUCCGCGUCCUCAAGGACGAGCUGCAGCGGAACAACCUGGAGCUCGAGAACGUCAGGGACAAGAUCAAGGAGAACCAGGAGAUGAUCAAGCUCAACAAGCAGCUGCCCUACCUCGUCGGCAACACCGUCAAGGAUUUCUGUACCGAUUUGGAUGCGGAAAUUAUGGGUUUCUGUACCGAUUUCAUUCAUGCCGGAUUCACGAUUCCCCAAUCCAGUAUUAGUUCGUGCAAGCCAGAUUAGUAGCCCAGAGUAGCGUGUGACUUCACAUGCUCUAGUUUUGAGCUUCAGUUCGUGCUGAUUGAUGAGGGGUCAGUGACUGUACGCCCUAGUUUAGUUUGCUGGAAAUGUUUGACGUCACAGAAACACAUAGUUACACGCCAAUUUCUCUCUUGUGAUCAACCUUGUAAAUCAUCUAGGAGGUAGUAAAUCAAUUGCAACUGUAUUGCUUGCUAUGUGGUAGCUCUCUGGAAUCAGUUGGUGUGUAUCAGUGCUGUUGUUCAUUAGCUUCUGAUAACUUAUCUGGCAAGGAUAAACUGCUGCACUCAUUUUGUCUUUUCCUUAAACUCAGAACUGAUAUUUUCAAGGUUAUAGUUUGCCAGGUUGCUGAUAAAUAUCUUGACUUCAGAUGCAUUUGUACUUGGAAAUCUACUAACGUAAUUUAUCAACUAUUUCAGAUUUUUGAAAUGAACCUGGAGAGGAUGGUGCUAAUAUAGAUCUGGACUCACAGAGGAAAGGAAAAUGUGUUGUUCUUAAGACAUCCACAAGACAGACUUAUUCCUUCCUGUGAUUGGGCUUGUUGACCCUGACAACCUCAAGCCUGGUGAUUUGGUUGGAGUCAACAAGGACAGCUACUUGAUAUUAGACACGCUACCUUUGGGAUAUGACUCUCGAGUAAAGGUAAUGGAGGUAGAUGAAAAGCCUACGGAGGAUUAUAAUGACAUUGGUGGCCUUGAGAAAGAGAUUUAGGAACUCGUUGAAGCUAUAGUGUUGCCAAUGACACACAAGGAGCAAUUUCAGAAGUUGGGAGUUUGUCCCCCGAAAGGAGUUCUUUUAUAUGGACCACCUGGGACGGGAAAGACAUUGACGGCUCGUGCAUGUGCUGCACAAACCAAUGAAACCUUUCUGAAACUUGCUGGUCCGCAGCUAGUCCAGAUGUUCAUCGGUGACGGGGCAAAGCUCGUCCGAGAUGCAUUUGAGCUGGCAAAGGAGAAGGCCCCCUGCAUCAUUUUUAUUGAUGAGAUUGAUGCAAUUGGAACAAAGCGUUUUGACAGUGAAGUUAGUGGUGACAGAGAAGUCCAACGAACCAUGUUGGAGUUGCUGAAUCAGCUAGAUGGAUUUAGCAGUGCUGAGAGGAUAAAGAUGAUAGCUGCAACUAAUCGUGCAGAUAUUCUCGAUCCUGCUUUACUCCGUUCUGGUCGCCUGGACCGCAAGAUUGAGUUCCCUCAUCCGACAGAAGAAGCAAGAGCUAGGAUUUUACUCAAGAAAGAUGAACGUACAUCCUGAUGUCAACUUUGAGGAGCUGGCUCGUUCAACUGAUGAUUUCAACGGUGCACAGCUGAAGGCUGUUUGUGUGAAAGCUGGCAUGCUUGCUCUACGCGCAGGGAUGCUACAGAGGUGAUCAAUGCAACGAAGGCAUUAUCCAAGUGCAAGCAAAGAAGAAAUCCAGCUUGAAUUAUUACGCUUAGUUUCCCUGAAGUAUUCAGAACGCUUGGUCCGGUGACGACUGCUGUUUGUAACACUCGGCUACCAUUUUCAUUUGGAAUAUAGUUUAAUUCUCGAAUCCUCUUGAUUGCGUGAAGUAAUCUUGCUUUGUGC